CAGGAGCACGAGACGAGUGGAAACAAGGAAUUACUGCUACCAAAAAGCCAGCAGAAUGCAUAAAAAACUGUGGGAAUACCGCAGAAAUCUAGUCGACUGAAGACUCCCCAACCAAAAGCUGGAAUUUUUUAGUUAAGCUUUCUUGGCACGCUCAUGGCUUUAUAACUGAGGAGAGAGAGAGACGGAGGUAGUAGCAUUGCUGUUGAUAUGGUGGGGAGGGCGAGGAGCAGAAGAGGUGGAGCAAUGGCGGGCGGCGCUUGGGCAUGGCUCCUCCUCUUGUGCUGCUGCUGCGGCGGCUCGUGGACCCAGCAGCGGCAAAUCUUUGCUGCCGCGGCCACCGACGCGAAUGAUCUUACUGUCCUCAACGCGCUGUUUACCAGCAUGAAUUCACCGGGGCAGCUGCGCGGUUGGCAGGUAAACGGCGGCGACCCCUGCGGCGAGUCAUGGCAGGGCAUCACUUGCUCUGGAUCCGCAGUCACCGCAAUUAAAUUGCCGAGCUUGGGCCUCUCGGGGACGUUGGCCUACAACAUGAACACCAUGGAUUCACUUGUUGAGCUUGACAUGAGCCAAAAUAACCUCGGUGGUGGCCAGCAGAUUCCAUACAAUCUUCCAAAUAAAAAGCUUCAGAGGCUCAAUUUGGCAGGAAACCAAUUUACCGGAAAUGUUCCGUACUCGAUUUCUACAAUGCCUAAACUUCAGUAUCUAAAUAUUAAUCAUAACCAAUUACAAGGAAAUAUCACGGACAUAUUUCCCAACCUUCCAAGUUUAACAACAGUCGAUCUAUCCUUCAAUUCUCUUACUGGUGAUCUACCACAAAGUUUCACUUCUUUGACGAGCCUGAAAACUUUAUAUUUGCAGAACAAUCAGUUUACUGGCUCUAUUAAUGUCCUUUCCAAUCUUUCCCUUAGUGAUUUGAACAUUGCAAACAACCGCUUCACUGGUUGGAUUCCUAAUAAGCUUAAGAAGAUAAAUAGUCUACAAACCGACGGUAAUUCGUGGAGCACAAGCCCUGCACCACCACCGCCACCCUUUACAGCUCCUCCAAAGUCACCCAACCGUCGGAAAAGCCCAGGCAGCAACUCCAAUGGCAGUGACAGCCCAUCAAGUUCUGGUGGAAGCACUGUAUUACGUGCUGGAGCCAUAGCAGGGAUUAUCGUAGCUCUACUGGUUAUUGGGGCGCUUGUUGCAUUCUUCUUGAUAAAGAGGAAAAAACGAAAUGGUAAAACUGAACGUUUUGAACAGCGUCAGGCAUUCAACUCAUUCCCUUCAGAUGAAGCUAAAGACAUGAAGCCUAUUCAAGACUCCACCACAAUAGAGGUGGAGUCCAUGCCUUCCCCUGCCUCAGUUAGUCUGAAACCACCUGCCAAGAUUGAGCGCAAUCAGUCCUUUGAUGACGAUGAUUUUGCAAACAAGCCGGUUGCAAAGAAAAGUAAUGCAGCACCUGUGGAGGCAACUGUUUAUUCCGUUGCAGAUCUACAAAUGGCAACAGAUAGCUUCAACGAGGACAACCUUGUUGGAGAGGGUGCGUUUGGAAGUGUUUACAAGGCACACUUCAAUGAUGGAAAGGUCCUAGCAGUGAAGAAACUGAGCAGUACUGCAUUACCCAGCCAAUCUUCAGACGAUUUCUAUGAACUAGUGUCCAACAUUUCGAAGUUGCACCAUCCCAAUCUAAAUGAGCUUGUGGGCUACUGCAUGGAACAUGGACAACACUUGCUGGUUUACAAUUUCCACAGGAACGGAUCGCUGCAUGAUACUCUCCACCUCCCAGAUGAAUGCAGCAAACCUCUAAGCUGGAAUUCUCGUGUGAAGGUUGCAUUAGGCUCCGCACGUGCGCUGGAAUAUCUUCAUGAAAUUUGUUCCCCAUCAAUCAUUCACAAGAAUUUUAAGGCGUCCAAUAUUUUACUGGACUCAGAGCUCAACCCUCAUCUUUCAGAUGCUGGACUUGCAAGCUCUAUUCCUGAUGGUAAAUUCCAGGCUGCAGAUCAGGGCUCAGGAUAUAGUGCCCCCGAGGUGGACAUGACCGGUCAGUAUACCCUCAAGAGCGAUGUCUACAGCUUUGGAGUUGUCAUGCUGGAGCUUUUGACAGCCCGUAAGCCAUUCGAGAGCUCUAGAAACCGGUCUGAGCAGUCCCUUGUCCGGUGGGCAACCCCCCAGCUGCACGACAUCGAUGCACUGGAUCGGAUGGUUGAUCCAGCUCUCAAGGGUCUUUACCCUGCCAAGUCACUCUCCCGUUUCGCUGAUGUCGUCGCGUUGUGUGUCCAGCCUGAGCCAGAAUUCAGACCCCCAAUGUCUGAGGUGGUGCAGGCAUUGGUCCGUCUUGUUCAGAGGGCCAACAUGACUAGGAGAACGCUCGAUGGCGAAGAGGCUUCUCGGCGACCAGAUGACCAGGAUCAGGAAUUCAUGUAACACAAACUACGCAAAUGAAGCCAUGUUGCCGCUGUCAAUGUGUAUCUGUUUUUUCCCCUAGCACCUGAUGCAGACAAGGGAAAACAGAGAAGGAAAAAAGGUUUUAUGUUUCAUAAGUACGUAAAUUACAGGUUUUGUUUUGUACAAUCAAAUACAGGUUGGUGUUACAUCAUAAUGAUUAAUGGAGAAAUGAUAAUCUGACAGGCUUUGUGUGGA